UUGUGUGAAAUUUGAGUUUUUGUCACAAUUUCACCUGUUUUAUGGUAAUGUUGGUCCUUUUCGUGGUAAAUUUGGCAAUUUUUGUGGUGAUUUUCCAUGUUUUUGCUGGCUAAUUUGAGCAUUUCUGGGUCAUUUAGGCUCUUUUUGGGUAAUUUUGGGGGUUUUUUGUGGUAAUUUUGGCCGUUUUUGUGGUAAAUUUCCAACUUUGUUAAGUUAUUUUAGUUUAAAUCUCAGUGCACAAGAAAAUUAUUAAUAUUAUUAUUAUUUCUCCUGUAGUGUCUUUCCUAAUGUUAGCAUGCUAAGUUGCGGUUUAGAGCAGGUCUUUGAAGUGUCAAUGAAAGCACAGAUUCACCUUAAUGAACCUUUAUUUAUAUUUAAUAUACUAUAUAUUAUAAUUGUAACUGCUUUGGUUUUUUGACUGACCGGUUGCUGUUGGAAUCUGUUUUAUUAAAACUCCAGCUGCUGCUGUUCUGAUUGGACGUGCAGAGCAGGUGACGGCGUGACGUCAGCCUACUUAUGAGGAACACCUGUGCCUUAUAUGGUCAGGAGGCAGCAGCAGCAGCAGAGCGGUCUGAGCUCAGAGGGACAGUUUCAAACAAAAAGCAAACAUCAGCAUGUAGAAGCAUCACGUCAGCUGCAGACCAGUAACCUCUGAGCUCUCCUGAAGGUUCUUGUUCCUGAAGGUUCCUGAAGGUUCUCCUCUCUGGCUGGAGGUUCAGUCCUGGAGGUAGCAGGAUGAGGACGGUGGGGUUGAAGCGCUCGGUGCUCGUCCUGGUGGGCGUCGGGCUCGUCGUGUACGUGAGCAUUUUCCUGAAGAGUGGGUACGAGCGGAGAGUGGGUUCUGAGCAUCAGCUGGAGCCGCGGAAGGCCACGAGCUUCUCUGAGCUGGAGGAGAGCAUCAGCAACCUCUACAAAGUAGUCAAACUUUUUGAGAAGAAGCAGAACGACAUGCAGAAGAUGCUGGAAGAGGACAAAGCCAAGCGGGAAAAAGCUGCAGAGCUGAUAAAGUCGGAAUUCCUGAAGCAGCCGGGGCAGAAAGAGCAGCCGGAGAACAAGCAGGAGGCCGACAAAGAGAAGAAGUCCAACAAAGUGUUCCCUAAAUCUGCCCUGUUCAAGCAGUGGGGGGACGGUCUGUCCGAAGACGACCAGAGGGAGGCACAGGCUCUGUUUGACAAGUACGGAUACAACGUUUUCCUCAGCGAUCGCCUCCCUCUGGAUCGACCUCUUCCAGACACCAGGGUUCCAGGGUGCUUGAAAAAGACUUAUCCAAAGGACCUGCCGAGUCUCAGCGUGGUGCUCAUCUACCUGAACGAAGCACUGUCGGUCAUCAAACGAGCCCUGCGCAGCAUCAUCGACCGCACACCGAAGAACCUCCUGAAGGAGAUCAUAAUGGUGGACGACAACAGCUCGAAUGAGAACCUGAAGGGUGACCUGGACCUGUACGUGAAGUCUCUGGAGGAGCAGAACCCAAACCUUCGUUUUACCAGAGUGAGGCACUCCGAACAGCGAGGCCUCGCUCAUGCCAGAGUUUCUGGCUGGAAGGCGGCUACUGCUGAGGUGGUGGCCAUCCUGGACGCUCACAUUGAAGUCCAUGAGCUGUGGGCUGAACCUCUGUUGACACAGAUCAAAGCUGACCGAACAGUGGUGGUGUCCCCUGUGUUCGACAGAGUCAACUUUGAUGAUCUCAAAGUCAUCCAGUACCAACCAGCAGCGCACGCCUUUGACUGGGCUUUGUGGUGCAUGUAUGAGGGUUUCAUGCCCGAGUAUUACAAAAAAAAUGACAAUUCAUUGCCUGGGAAGAGUCCAUCGGUCAUGGGAAUCCUAGUUGCUGACAGGAAGUUUCUCGGGGAAAUUGGGGUUCUUGACGAUGGAAUGAAAGUGUACGGUGGAGAAAAUGUUGAGCUGGGAAUUCGCGUGUGGACAUGUGGAGGCAGUAUUGAAGUAGUUCCAUGCUCCAAGAUCGCCCACAUCGAGCGCUACCACAAGCCCUACCUGCUGGACCUGAGUCCUGCCAUGAAGAGAAACGCCCUGAGGGUCGCAGAAAUCUGGAUGGAUGAAUACAAGCACAACAUCAACUUGGCCUGGAACUUGCCAUUUGAGAAUCAUGGAAUUGACAUAGGAGAUGUCUCAGAGAGGAAGAAACUCAGAGAGAGGUUGAAGUGUAAACCUUUCAAAUGGUACCUGGACAAUGUCUAUCCUAAGUUGGAUCCCUGGGAUGACCUACUUGGAUAUGGAGGAAUGAAGAAUCUUGAUGCUGACAUGUGCAUAGACCAAGGUCCGGUACCAGGUCAUACACCCAUUGCCUUCAACUGCUACUACUACGGACCUCAAUACACAUAUUUCCGAGGAACUGGUGAGCUCUACAUUGGCGGCAUCAAGUCCCACAAGUACAACGACAACCGAUGUUUGACCGACGCCGGCCAAAAAGAAACCGAGCCCGGCCUGUACAACUGCAAAGAGGCUAUGCAGAAAGGAAUGGGGAUAUACUGGGACUUCACUCAGGGCAAAGAGAUGAGGAACAGACAGACGAAAAGAUGCCUGGAAAUUAAAGACCAGAAACUUGUCAUACAGGAAUGCUCUGGCCAAAGAUGGGAGAUUCAAAAUGUAAUCAAAGCAUUUUGAAGUAUGCGUGUGUGAUUUCACUUCUCUGCUGAUAGGUCAGUGGAUAAAAACACUUGAAUGAGUAAAAUGUAAAAUAAACCAUGAUGACUUUUCAGGAUGAGGGGAAAGGAGUGGUGGGUUUUGUAAAUCUUAUGAGUGGAUUUUAUGGCAGCAAGUGAUUGUUUUCCACUAUUUAUGUGCCAAUUCUUAAAGAUUAUUACUAACCUGGUUGCUAAAGUUGCAUUUUGUGCCAGAUGACUGAGAAAAACACCAAAGUUUUCCCCCUCAGAAAAAGGAGCUUGCCUGGCUUUGUUACCUUAUUGCUGUUUUGAAACAAAGUUGUGAAAUGCCUGCUGGCUGCCUAAUUAGUCCACGCAUACCAUCAUGCCAUUUAGAAAAAGCAAAGUUAAUCCCUUUCCCUCCUCUUCAGUCUUUCCAGACGGUGACACCUUCAUAUUUCUGUCCCAGCACACACUACAGCUGAUGCAUGUUUGGAUUUGCUUCAUAUUAAAAACUGGAUCAUUGUGAAAGCUUUUGGGUUCAAGCUUUAACUCAUUUUGCAGUUUAGAUGGUGUUUUACUACACCAUCUUUUAGCCAUAAAACAAUAGAUUCUAUUAGUUUUCUCCAGCUAGCAUUUAUACAAAUUUUAUGCUCUGCUUUUGUCACAGUCCGGUGCAUGUAAUAUUUAAAAAUUCGGUUUUUUUUGUUUUUUUUUUACUGUUUCUACGUGCAUCAUCAUCUGUGAUGUGAUGAAAAGCAAAUGAAGUGAAAGGCCAAUGAAGGUCAGUGGAUUAAGAGAAGACUUGAGUCUAAACAUCAGCAUUCAUGCCUGAGGUGAAGUUCUACUGUUCAGAAGUUUAACUACUUUAGCUCAGAGUUCACUGGUUUAUGAGUCAUGAAUGACAGGUUUAAACCUAUUGUACUCUGGUGUUCUCUAAGGGUCGGGUUGUGGAAAGGACACAUUUGGUGAUGCAAUAAAUUGGUAAAAAUGUUCUUUUUGUAAUUAUUUAUGUGGAUAAAAAUGAAAUCAGGUCAGCUAAUGACUGACAGGUUACCGCUGUGCAGGUAACUAAAAUCUCUUUUAUUUAUUUCCUUGCUGGGUGCAUGUUGGAGGUUCUUGGUGUAUGUUUUGUUUGUUUUGGUUUUCAGAACUCUGAUGUUUAGAAAAAGGUUAGUCUUAUUUGGGACUUCCUUGAUGGACUUGUAUUUUCAGUACUUCAGAGUUCUGAGGAAAAGGUUUAUGUCAAAAUACUUUAUAUUGUUUUGUUUUUGUUCAUUUGGAAAUAAAAUGAAUUUGUUAAAGUGG